UACAUCCGAACACACGCUUGCUCUUUGAUCUCGACCGACGCUUGUUCUUUAGGACAGCGGAAGCGUCGGUGUGCGCGAGCUGAGUGCUGCGGCUGGCGAUGCUUAGCGCGUGCGGCAGCGGUGAGUCCGGCGCGCUGGAGGUGCGUCUGCUGGCGGAGCGCGAUGCGUGCGGGGCGGUGGAGGACGCCGCGGCGCUGGAGCUCAGCAGAGGCCCGUCAGUGCUGUGCUGCUGUGUGAAUGCAGCAGGUGAAGUGAGAGUGAGGAGCAUCUCUGAGAGCAGAGCAGCACUCCACACACUCCAGCACACCUGCAUUGAUGUUCUGUGGGAGGAUCAGUGGGAGCGCAGCGGUCGGGAUGUGAAGCUGAAGCUGAAGCUGCUGCUGCUGGACUCUCAGUGUGCGCUGAGGCUGUAUGAGCUGGAUCCUCAGGGUCAGCCGCUUCUUCUGUGUGAGAGAUCGUCUGAAUCACUGCUGCAGUGCGUUCAACACAAGCACCCCGACGUGCCGGAGCUGCUGUCGCUGAGGCCGCUGUGGUUCGCUGACGGCUGCUGUGUGCUGCUGCUGAACACAUGUCUGCUGCUGCAGCUCCGCUGGACGGACGAGACGGCGCAGCUGGAGACACUGUCCUGCGUUCGGCUCGCUUCACCUCUCCAGACGGAGGACGCCUGCGCCGACUGCCGGCUCUGUCGGGGAACGCUCUUCAUUCUGCUCAGGACUGGACUCGCAUAUGUGUUUGACAGCACUGAUGGGAAACUCUUGGCUACAGUGGAUUUCCCCUCAUACUGCAGUCUAGCAGACGUCUCAUCCUUCUGUCUCUUCCAGAUCUCACAGGAUCUCAGUACAGCUGUGAGCGUCACCCAGCAGAACCAAGCCCUCGCCGUCGACCUCAACCACUACUUCAGGAAGUAUCCAGAUCACCUUCACUGUCGUUCAGCCCCUAAUCGGCCAUUUCUCAGGCCCACUGAAUCAUGGGAUCAGGACAGUCUCGCGAGCUCCGUCCACAGCCUGUCGGUCCUGGAUAAACCUUUCCAAACAGACCGGUCGUGGGAGGCACGUCUGUCUUCGCUGUACAGUCGAUCUAAAGCUCCGGAGCGCCCGGCUCAGGGGUUACCCUGGUUCAGAGAUUUCCCUCAUGUGGAGUGCCGUCGGGCGGCCGCCACCGCCAAACUCUCGCAGCCCUCCGUGAAGCCAGGGGGCGCUGUGACGUGUUUCGACGUGCCGGACGGAGCGACCGCAGCAGGCCUGAACGUCUCAGAGUUCUCUGCGCUCGUUACGUUCGUUUGUCCUGGAAACACCAACACGGUUCUGGCUUACUGGGACCUGGAGGGUCAAAGCGUGACGUACCACCGCACAGACGCCCCCGCCGCCCCCGUCCAGAGAUCAGCUGAGGAGCACCUGUGUCUGUUACUGAAGCGUGAGUCUGACCUCUGGCUGAUGGUUUUUGGCACGGCCGGGACGGUCGACUCGCUCUGCCAUCUGAACGCCUGGGGACGCUGUUCAAUACCCAUACAUGCCCUACAGGCCGGCCUGAAGAACCACCAGCUGGAUACGGUUGAUUUCUUUCUGAAGAGUAAGGAGAACAUCCUGAGCCCCGCGUCUGGGUUUGUUCUGCCCGUCUCGACCCAAAGCCAUCUGAGGAAUGUGCAGGCUCUGUGUCCGGCUCUGGAUCUGCUGCGUUCUGCCAUUCACGACACACACACUGAAGCUCAGAGCCAACAGUUCUGCGAUCAGCUGCUGAGCAUCACGCUCACCUUCCUCAACACGCAAACCAAAGUCCUCCUCACCAGCACACACGAGCUGGACGUGAACCUGCAGGAGUGUGUGCAGAUUUUAGACGGCUACAUCUCUGACCUGCGGCGAUACAUGAAGAAGUUCCCCUGGCCGCAUGCCUCCGUGAGUCUGAGCGCUGCUGUGUCCAUCACCGACACGGACCAGCACUGGCAGUCGCUGUCUGAUGAGGAAGUUGUUCAGCACGCUAUAUUGAGCAGACGGAUCCCACGUGCGCAGGCUUUCCUGCGCAGACGCGGCUGUGUUGAAUGCAGUCUGGAGGACAUCAGGAAGACAGGACUGAGACGCACCUUCACCUGUCUCACUCACAGAGACCUGCCGCAGGCCAAAACACUGCUGACUCACAUGGGCUUCAAUGUGAAGGAGCAGCUCCACAGCAUCUGCGUUUUCACCGCCGAUCGGGAUCUAAGGGCCUUCAUGGUGGAGGAGCUGCAGAAGCAGAAUUACCUCUCGUGUGAAGAGCUACAGCAGGUGGAGUUUAUUCAGACCAUUAAUAACUUGUGCUCGACACCUGCGACGAGAUGCUCGAACCGUCUGGACACCAGCAGGGUUCUUCAGAUGAGCCGGUCUGAUCCCGAGAGCAGGCGUCUGCUGCAGGAGAUCACGCAGGAACCGGACUCGUCCUCCUGCAGCUCUCUGCUGGAUCCUGUGCGUCUGGACUGGGUCAGAUACUGGGACAGAGAAACGCAGAGCUCCAUCCUUCUGUCCCGACUGCAGCCGCCUGCUCAGGGUUCGUGGGAUGCCGCUGUUCUGUGGUCGUAUCUCACCUCUCUGCACGAUGGUGUCCGAGCCUCGGCGUGGGUUUGCAGCUCGACCACGGCUGACAUCCCCCGCUGGCCUGUGCUCGCACCGCACGUCAUCAACCACAGCAGCCGCUGCGGACGGUACCUGCGUGAUCAGAUCCUGGCCCUGCUCGCCAGACAGGGCCUGUUUGUGCAGUCGGAGAUGGAGGACUUCCAGCAGUUGCUAUGGCGACUGGGUCAAGCCGGAGGAGUGAUGCAUCAUGGGAAUGAUCCUCCUGUCCCACAGGAGUUUCACCAGCGCUUCGUCCUGCACUGUCUGGAGAACAGCCUGCAGUACCUGCUCUACUGCUACCUGGAGCACUACAGGUUAACUCCCAGGAAUUGCCCGCUUCUGACCGACAGAAACCUGUUUGAGAGUUUCCCCUGGUUUGAGAUGAUGCUGAAAUUACAGAAAAUCACCAGAGACCUUAAAGAGCCGGAGCGGGUGUUCGGGGCCAGUCUGACGGCGGCACAGGUUCUGCUGCCCGGGAGUCAAGCCAGCAUCAGCAGCAUGCUACUGGAGGGUCACAGUCUGCUCGCCCUGUCCACCAUCAUGUUCAGACCAGGCGGCAUGGACCAGGCCGUGCGCGAGGGCGAGCGCGGUCAGGACCCGCUGAGCAGAGUCGACCCGCAGCUGCUGCGAAUGGCCCUCAGUGCGUAUCCCAAACUCAGAGCGGCCCUGUUCCCUCAGAGCGGCCCGCGCUGCGACGUUUCCCUCUACCACCUCCUGGUGUCUCUGGCUGCGGAUCAGGCGUACUCGUUAGGCCUGUUGAACUUCAGCAGCGUGUGUGUGUCGGCAGCGUGUGUGUGUUUCUGCGAGCUGCUGGGUGUCUGUAGCCUCAAGCUGAGGGUGGAUCUGCGCGCGCUCAACCUCGGCCUCAGACUCUGGACUCAGACCUGCGAGGACCACAGAGACGCCGCUUCACUGCAGCAGGAGCUCGUGGAAAAGGCCGGGAAGCUGGUCAGCGGUGAGAAACGAAGCGCUCAGGAGCUGCUGGUUCAUCUGGAGACGGCAGUCAGAGACGCUCUGGAGAAGAAAGGCGUCUGUCGAUCGUCGUACGAGGCGGCGCUGGAGUGGGCACUUCCUGUCCAGUUCUGUCACCUGCACGCUCUUCCUCUAAGCCCCGCCUUCCCACAGGACUGCGCUCGUGACGGACAGUGGCUCAACUUCCUGUUGUUUGUACAGCUGCACAAUUACCCGCUACAACAGGUCAGAUCUCUGGCAGCCAGUUUCAGUCCGGCUCUGCAGUCGCACAUUUCUCUGGCUUUCCAAGAUCUUCAUCCAACCAGCUCCCAUCAGGCUCUGGAGGAUCAAGGGAGCGUCGCUCGCGCUCUUCCCCGAGACGAGAGCCCCGAACCCCCCAGAGAGCUGUUCCAGGUGCUGCUGGAGAGCCAGGAGAAGCCCAGUCCCUGGAGGUUCCUGCUGUCCGAAGCGGUCCGUCAGCGCAGUCCUGCUCUGUCUGUGCUGGCAGCCUGCCAUCAGGCCGCCGAGCUGCUGCAGUGUCUCUGCGUGUGGAUCCUGGCGUCUGUCGGUGAUGAUGUCACUCAGGAAGCCACCGCCCACAUCCAGGAGAGCCCCGCCCAUCACGUGUGGAACCUCCACGAUCUCUCCGUCUUGUGGAAGACGCUGCUGUGCAGGAGCAAGAUCAGGCCUCUGAUUCGUGGAUUCCAGCUCUUUCAGAGGGUAAGAGGCUCUCUGAUUGGACGAGAACUGCAGUUGCGGAGCAGCAGUGUGGUGUUGAGUUCAGACGUGCUGCCGGUCCAGUGGGUCGAGUCUCAGGCUUCGGUUCUGCUGCUGACGCUCCUCAAGCAGAGCAGGACUCAGUACGAGCUGCGCCGGCUGCUUCAGCUGCUGGUGGACAUGGAGCGACUGCUCAAAUCCAAUGGGCCUGACUUCAGGAAGCUGAGUCAGCUGAGUCAGGUGCUGUCGGACACUCCUGUGCCGUUGUCUGCGCAUCUGCUGGACCAGUACUCCAGCGCCGGCCUACAGGACGAGUGCAGGACCAUCAUGCAGCAGCUGCAGGACCUCGGCCUCUUCACGCAGGCCAGGACCGUCGCGCAGCUGGCCGAGCUGCCCAUCGACUGCCUGAUCAUAAAGGAGCUGCUGCGAGAUCUGUGCACUCAUCAGCAGAAGCGUCAGUGGGAGAGGCAGGAGACGCGGCUGGCCUUCUGGAGGAGAUGCCACGAGCAGCUCAAGACAGAUUGCGUCCAGCCCGAGGCGGCCUCUCAGUUCUUCCUGACUCAGGCUGAGGAGCCGCAGGGGUCGGGUUCGGAGCUGGUUCAUCUGCAGGAGCGCUGUCUGCUGUUGGGUCUGGCGGGUCACUGGCUGUCCCUGCGUGAUCCUCUGCUACCCGUCUGGCGUCUCGCCACGCUGGAGGAGCGUCAGUGGCAGAGUCGCAUCCGCUGGCUGCUGCUUCACACGGCUCUGGAGCGCCAGAGUCUGUUCGCGCCCUCGGCCCUCUCCCACGACUCCUUCCAGAGCCUCCUCCAGGAGUUCUCCUUCUCCAGGACGGCGGCUCUGGACGAGCCGGCUCAUCUGAGUGUGGCCGGGCUCCCAGCGGCCGAGGACGACUGCCUGCUGUCUGCAGACGAGCGCAAGGCUCUGGCCGCGCUGGUGGCCCAGCUGCUGGACGAGGGCGGCGUGAGCGAGGCCAGUCGCGUCUGCAGGUAUUUCCGUUUGUUUCACAGAGACGUGUGGCUGGUCCUGAAGUGUCGCGGUCUGGCGAGCGGAGAGCUGCAGCCUGAGCUUCACAGCCCUGAUGGAGAAACCAGACGCAGUUUGCCAUCAUCUCCUAGCAUGAGCAGCCUGUCGUCGUUCGUGGUGGUGCCGUCGCCAGACGAUCAGGUUCUGGUUCAGCUCAAACAUCUGGUGGAUCAGUGCUGCAACGGCAAGAGUUACUGCAAACAAGUGCUCAGCCUCUACGAGCUCUCGAAGGAGCUGCAGUGCUCGUUCGCUGAGAUCUCGUCGGAGGAGCCCGAGGCUGUUCUGAGGAAGGUCCUGCUCUCGCAGCAGGUCGACCGCUAUAAGCGCGCUCAGGCCUUCAUCAGUGUGCAGGGCCUGCAGCCCGACGCCGUCGCCCGGCUCGUCUCCACCGCUGUGCUGGAGGGUUUGCUCGCCUCGGCUCAGGAGGGAGAAACCGGAGAGCGGCUGAUGUACGGCCCAGCCGACGGGAGAGACACGUUCCUCCAGCUGGCCAAACUGUGUGGAGACCCAAACCUGGUCGGCACCAAACUGAUGGACAGCAUCCCGACCGUCCCGCGGUCAGAGCUCAGCUGCACUGUGGAGAUCUUGAUUUUGGCUCAUGACUGCUUCAGUCUCACCUGUAACAUGGAGGGAAUCGUGAGGGUCCUGCAGGCAGCCAGACACCUGAGUCACACACACCUGGCUCACGGCGACGGCUACGGACUCCUGGUGCGUCUCCUCACAGGUAUCGGCAGGUACAAUGAAAUGACGUACGUCUUUGACCUGCUCCAUCAGAACCAUCGCUUCGAGAUGCUGCUGAGGAAGAAGGUCGAGUCGAAUGUCAGACUGAAGACGGCUCUGUUGGACUACAUCAAGCGUUGUCUGCCGGGUGACAGCGAGAAGCACAACAUGGUGGCUCUGUGUUUCAGCAUGCGCCGAGAGAUCGGAGAAAACCACGAGGCAGCGGCGCGAACGCAGCUCAAAAUCAUCGAAUCACAGCCCUGGGCGAUCACUGCAGAUCUGAAGAACGCUCUUGUGAAGGUCCUGACUUUACUGAAAGACGCAGCUGAGAGCUACUCGAAGGACUCUUGUGUGCGUCAGGCUGUGAAAUGUGUCAAACUGGCCAAACUGGUGACUCUCCAGCUGCACUUUGUGAAUCAGGGACAGGAGCAGCGCGUCAUCAACCUGCGGCCGGCAGACCUCCAGAGCACCAUCGUGUCUUUACCGCGCUGUUACCAGGUUUCACUCGACACUCUGUGGUUAUUCAUAUAGAAACACUGUGAUGAUUUACUUCUGCUACUGUUGUACUCAUUCAUUCAGCCACAAACGAAAAUCCUGUCAUCGUUAUACUUACAGCCUUACACCUGAUUAAUUUCCUUUGUUUAACACAUUAAAGAUGAUGUUUCGCAAGA